GCAGCGAAGACUGCUUGUGGCCACAAGUCUGAUCGAGCGAUAAUCGAAUGAUUGGUCGUCGAGCGAUUUCGAUGCCUGGAACGAUGUUCUGUAUUACUACGGUAAGCAUGGGGAUUCGACCCGGCCAUGGCCAUCGCGACUUCCAGAAGGAUGGCCGAGACCUCGGAGUGCUUUUAUAAUCUCGUCUAACACGUUCGCCUUUUGAUCAGUGCGUCAAUUUCGAUCGUGUUGGGCACGCGCCGCAGCCAUCCGCGCACGAACCUCAGAGCGCGAGUGUGUGUCGUGCCUGUGCUCGGAAGAGGUUUGCGUGCUGUCGAGUUCGGUGCUGCUUGCAUUGAGGGCAGAGUUUUGGACAUGGCUUCGAUUGCGACCCAAGCUUUCUCUUCCCUGGCUGCGGCUGCCACGUCCUUGAGGGGCGUGGUCGUCCCCCAACAGCAGCAGCAGCAGAUGCUGAGGGCGGGUGCCGGUCGGAGCUUUCGGUUGGUCCAAGUUCGCGCCGAGAGCGCAGAAGCAACUGCUUCGGUGGCCAUUAACCCGAGCAUCAAGAAGGAGUCGGACAAGGUUGUGGACACCGUCGUCGUCGGAGAGCUCGCCAAGCCUCUCACUGCUUACUGUCGGUGUUGGAGAUCGGGAACGUUCCCUUUGUGCGAUGGGAGCCAUGUGAAGCACAAUAAAGCAACCGGUGACAAUGUUGGACCUUUACUGCUGAAGAAGUGAAGUGCUUGGAAACCACUAGCAGGUUUUGAACCUCGUCAGUGAGGAUAGGAUCAUAUGUCUUGUACAUUUGUAGAGAUUUUUUAUUAAAGCCAUUCUGGCAUUCACAAUGAAGGUGUCUCUUACUUAGUAUCUAGGUUGCCUCUCGUCGUGCCCAGCGCAUACUAGGGGGAAACCCCAGGGAAUUAUGGUUGAAAUGUCACUAUGGCUGCACGCAUUGACCUCAUCAUUUGUAGUCUUGGAUUAGUCACUUUGUUACACCUAUUUGGUCGUUUCUGCAUGUAGAGAAGGACGAAAUGUCAAGAUUAUGUUGCAAUUGAAGCACAUCAAAAUGUGUUGAGCAUAUAUUGACACGCAGGAGAACUGCGAGUUCUCUUCAU